GUGCAAGAUAGCGCCUGCGAACCACAGAAAGGUUGAGUGGGGAUGCCCUUCUAAGAAAGUAGUGCAUCAGCCGCUUUGCUGACUGCUUGAGAGAUCAAACCCGACAGAGAGGUGUAGCCCACCGUUGCAGUAAAGGGCCAUGGCCUCACGUAGCCCUUUCGGGAGGUCCAGCAAGGACAUCAUGAACGUGAUGCAAAGACUGCAAGAUGAACAAGAGUUGGUCCAGAAAAGAACUUUUACAAAGUGGAUUAAUUCACAUUUAGCCAAGCGUAAACCUCCUUUAGAAGUCAGUGACCUUUUUGAGGACAUCAAAGAUGGGGUGAAACUGCUGGCAUUGCUGGAAGUGCUGUCUGGGCAGAAAUUACCAUGUGAACAGGGCCGGCAGCUGAAGAGAAUCCACUGGGUGUCAAAUAUCGGCACAGCGCUCAAGUUCUUGGAAGGCAGAAGAAUCAAACUCGUCAAUAUAAAUGCCACUGACAUCGCUGACGGAAGGCCAUCCAUAGUCUUGGGAUUAAUAUGGACCAUUAUCCUUUAUUUUCAGAUUGAGGAGUUGACGAGUAACCUGCCAGCUCUGCAGGCUCUGUCCACCAGUGUCUCAUCCGUAGACAGCAUGGCCAGCUCAGAGACGGCCAGCCCACCCAUGAAGAGGAAGGUUGUCACCAAGUUCCAGGGCAAUGCCAAGAGGGCCCUGCUCCGAUGGGUGCAAUGCACUGCAACUCAGCGACUGGGGGUGGAGGUGAAGGACUUCGGACCCAGCUGGCGGAGCGGUGCUGCCUUCCACUCUGUCAUUUAUGCCAUCCGCCCCGACCUGGUGGACAUGGAGCUUGUGAAGAGGAGAAACAACAGGGAGAACCUGGAAGAAGCCUUCAGCCUGGCUGAGAAUCAGCUGGGCAUCCCACGCCUCCUAGACCCUGAAGAUGUGGAUGUGGACAAGCCUGAUGAGAAGUCCAUCAUGACAUACGUGGCUCAGUUCCUUAAGCACUAUCCGGACCCCCACCAGUCAGAGACAGAUGGACAGCAAGAGGAGUAUGAUCCUCAAGAUAUUGAACUAAUGCUUGAGAGAGAGGAGCGGAAGGUUCUGCGUGAGCUGAAGGCCUGGCUGGAUCAGCUGGAGAGAGAUAUCCUCCGCACUCAGGGAGGAGAAGGCAGCCCUGCUGACAAGUACCAGGCCUUUAAGAGCUUUCGUGUGCAGUAUGAGAUGAGGAAGAAGCAGGUGGAGUCUCUCCUGCAGCCCGUGCACCGGGACGAUAAACUGUCCGUGGACCAGGCGGUGGUGAAGCAGGUCUGGGAGCAAGUGUCCGUCCGGCUCCUGGACUGGCAUAUGCAUCUGGAUAAGUCUUUGCCGGGGCCACUGGGGGUGAUUGGAGCCUGGCUGCAUCGUGCAGAGCUGGCGCUCAGAGAGGAAAUCCCCAUCCAGCAAGCCCACGAGGAGACGGCUAAUAUCGUCCACAGAAAACUGGACCAGCACAAGGAGGUGCUGGCGAAUUUGGAAGGGCACAGGCAGACGUUCCAGCAGAUCCACAGGGACAGAGCAGUAAAUGGUGUCCCGGUGCCAGCUGAACAGCUCCAGGACAUGGCAGAAAGAUUAAAUUAUGUGUCCACUUCAUCUCACGUUCACAUAAUUAAACUGGAAUUCUGGGAAAUUAAGUAUCGUCUCAUGGCGUUCCUUAUCCUGGCUGAGUCCAAGCUCAAGUCCUGGAUCAUCAAAUAUGGCCGACGAGACUCUGUGGAGCUUCUUCUGCAGAACUACAUUGUAUUCAUUGAGGGCCACAAGUUCUUUGAGCAGUAUGAGACCACGUUUCAGACACUCAAACAGGCUUCAGAUAUCUACGUUAAAUCUGAUAGUUCAGCUGGCGAGCGGGAGGGGGUGAGUGAGUUCCUGAGCGAAGCGACAGCACAGUGGAGGAACCUGGCCGUGGAGGUGCGCAGUGUCCGCAGCAUGCUGGAGGAAGUCAUCACCAACUGGGAGAAGUACAGCAGCGUGGUGGCCAGCCUGCAGGCCUGGCUGGAGGACGCCGAGCGCAUGCUCGGCCACCCUGAGAGCGACAAGCGCGAAUUCUUCCGGAACCUUCCACACUGGAUACAGCAGCACAUGGACAUGAAUGACGCCGGGAACUUCCUGAUCGAGACAUGUGAUGAGACUGUGUCUAGAGACCUGAAACAGCAGCUGCUCCUCCUCAACGGCAGGUGGAGAGAGCUGUUUGUCAAAGUUAAACAUUAUGCGAGGGCAGAUGAAGUAGACAAGCUAAGGAAAGACUAUGAGGACAGUGUGUUGGCUUUGAAGAUUUUUGUGGAAACAUCCAGUGAGAGGAUGAAUGCACCAGUCCAAGUUUCCUUCUUGAACAUAAGGACAUUUCUUCAAGACAUUGAGGACAUCAAGCAGAAGGGGCCAUCGAUGGAGGCUGUGUAUAAAGCAGCCACCCGCCACGCACAGCAACUGACUAAAGACACCCCUGAGGAGGAGGUCACUGAGAUGCUGACUGCCAUGGCAACCAUCAAAGAGGAGCUCAGCAAGAUCAGGGAACAGGUGCUACCUGUGCUGCGGGAUUCCCAGGCCUUGCUGCCUCUUCUAGAGGAGAUGGAGAAGCACAUCACUGGGUUCUACCAGGCCCUGGAGAAAGCCAGCCGCAUCACCAGCGCACGCGACUCCGACACUCCGGGAGACUUCAAACUGAAGUGCCAGGAGCUGGUAACUUACCAGCAGAGCUGUAAAAAAUGUCUUACAGUGAUAGAUAAGAACCAUCAGAUUAUAUUGAAAGCCCUGGAGAGCAGUAAAACUCUGAGGCACCUGGACACAUCCCUGCUGCAGAAGAGAGUAGGAGAGCUUCAGGCUUCUUCACAGGCUAUGGUAAAAGAGACGACUGAAUGGAAGAAGCACAUGGAGGCCAACAGUAGCCUGCUGAAGCGGUUUGAGGAGUCACGUGUGGAGCUGGAGAAGGUUCUCAAGUUAGCCCAAGGCUCCAUGACAGAGAGAGGGAACCCAGAGGAGCUGCUCAAAAAGCACACGGAAUUCUUUGGACAUCUUGAUCAGCGAGUCCUUAAUGCCUUUCUGAAGGCCUGUGAUGAACUCACUGACAUUCUGCCUGAGCAGGAACAGCAGAAUCUACAGGAAACAGUCAGGAAACUGCACAAACAGUGGAAGGAUGUGCAGAGUGAGAUUCCUUACCGCCUGCUUGGCCUGAAGGUGGAGGUAGAACGUGGCCGUCUGAUGGCAUCUAUGCAGGAGUGCCAGGCAGAACUGGCACGAGAGAACCGCAGCCUGCCUAACAUGGGCAGCGAGAGGCUGGUCAAAGAGCACAGGGCCUUUUUCAGGGAAAAGGGCCCUCAGGCGCUGUGUGAGAAGCGGCUGCAACACAUGGAGGAGCUCCAUGGGAAGCUGGCUGACAGCGAGCAGGCCCGCCAGUCCCUGGACAGCGCCAGGACAGCCUUCGCUGAGCUCAGAGACGAGAUAGAGAGCACCCAUCAGAAACUCAUGCAGCACCCAGACAAGUGGAAGGAGUUUAACACCAGAUUCUCUGAACUUUCUGCCUGGCUAAUUUCAAAGGAGAGCCAGCUCAGGCUUUUGCGCAACCGUGCUGGUGACCCCAGUAAUUUUAGCCAGGUCAAAUCCACCAUAGAGAGUCUGCGGAAUGACGCGGAGCUACAGGAGGGGAAUAUGGGCUGGCUCAAGUCUCGCCUGGCCGUGCUCAUAGAGAUCUGCACGGAGGGUGAUGCCCAGAGGCAGGCCGCCGCCCUUAGCAAACUCUCCACAGACUUCAAGAGUCUCCUUACCUCCCUCUCCGAGUCUGAGAAGGUUAUAUUGGCCGUUGGAGACUGUGUGCAGUUCCAGGAGGAAGUGAGGAACUCUCUGAAGGAACUGAUGGAAGGCCAGCAGGAGCUGCAGUCAGAAGCAACAAAGAUCCUCAACUCAGAGCGUGCAAGAGAAGCCCAGCAGCUGCAGCUCAUUCAUCAGCAACAGCUGAAGCGUUUGCGCCUCAAGCAGAGGGACAUGAGGCAGCAGCUCGGUCGAGGACAGCAGCUCCAGAUGGAGGAGGGGCUGGGCGAAGGCCUGCAAGAGGACCUGUACAAACUAGAGACUGCCUUGGACAAGAUGGACCACAGCCUGGAGGCACAGGAGCAGAGCUUGCAGGUGACACUGGCUGCAUGGCAGGAGUUUGACAGCCAGCAAGCAGCAGUCGGGGAGUUUGUGAGCCGAGCACGCUCAGUCACAGACAGAGAGAUGACUUUCAGCAGCCCUGAGAGCCUGGCCACAGAGCUGGAGCAGGCAAAGGAGCUGUUAAGCCAAUGUGAGACUGAGGUCAAGCAGGUGGACACCCUCCUGAAGAAGGCAGCAGAGAUCCAGCUCGGCCCUAAGAAUGAGUUUCUGCUUCAGAACCAAGCCCGCUCCCUCAGUGAACAAAUGGACAAAGUUGAGACUGGCCUCGAGAAAGAUGUGAAGGCCCUGGAGGGAAUAAAAGCUCAAUGGGACACAUUUGGUCAUGAGUUUGAAACUUUUUCCACAUGGAUUUCUGAGAAGGAGAAGGAACUAGAGACACUGAAAACCUCCACUGCGCCUCUGGAACAACAAAUUGGUGCUGUGAAGGCUAUGAUAACCGAGCUGCAGGAAAGAGCAGAGGUCCUGUCCCAUCUGGACGAGGGCGCACAGUCACUGGCCCAGUUUGUCUUGUCCGGUGAGACUGCGCGAAUCAAAGCUCGCUUGACACAGAUUGGAAGGUACUGGGAGGAGCUUAGGGAGAGUGUGGAUCAUCUGAAUGGACAGUUGGAGGAAAGUUCAUCUCACCAGCAAAAGUUCAAUACAAAUCUUAAACAGGUGCAAUCUGAGAUUGAUGACAUUCAGAAGAAACUGGACACACCUGUCACAUCUUGCGUGUCCUCAUCAGAGACCUACAAGGCUCUUCAAGACUAUAUAGAUGUGUUCCAGUCACUGGAGAGGCUGAAGGUGACUCUUCUGUCUCUGUGCACUGCGCCCCGAAGGCUGAGUGAGAGGGAGACAGCUGAGAAAGCAGUAAAGGCCCUGCAGUGCAGCUAUGAGCUGAGCCUAGAGCAGGCUAAAGACAAGCAGGUCCAAAUGGAGAGCCUGCUGUCCAGCUGGCAGAAGUAUGAAAAAGACUGGUCUUCUCUGCAGUCAUACCUUGAGAGGUGUGAGUCCAUGACAGCUUUUGCAGCCGAGUACCUCAUAGUUGACAAAACAAAGCUGGAAGGAGAGCUCAUGGAGCUGAAACACCUACAUUCAGAGCUGCAGUCUUUGGAGUCAGUGUAUGAAGGUUUGCUGGCCCAGACUCCAGUCCUUUACCCCACUGCUUCAGAAGAGCGAGUAAAGACGCUUGAGGAGAAUCAGGAGCAGCUGAAGGCGAGAUGGACAUCCCAAAGCACAGCAAUACCCCAGAGGAUCCAGGUGCUUCAGGACCACCUCUCUCAGGUGGCCGAGUUUGACCAAGCCCUGCAAAAGUUCUUCAAGUGGGGAGAGUCUUUCCUCUCAUCUUUUCAUACCUUCUCCCAAGUGAACAUCACAAAAUUACAGGCGACAGCUUUGGAAAUAAAGGAGAAGGCAGAGCUGCUCCAGAGCCAGAACAGUGAAAGGGAGAGGCUCCAGCAGGAGGGCAGAGCCCUGUGCUCCACCUGCGACUCUAUGGAGCGUCAGCUCCUGCAGACUCGUCUGGAGAGCAACCUACAGCCCUAUCUGGAGGCCCAGCAGCUGGUGAUGCUCCGUGGCGAGAGCGUGGAGAAGUUGGAGGCCUUCUUGCAAACCCACGGUGUGGCUGCCGGUGUCCUGCGGGGCCUCCGGCACACCGUUGAGAGUGCAGGCAGCUGGGACAAGGGCCGGGUGGACGAGCUGCAGAGGGACUUGGAGGCCAUCAUUCCUGACAUCAGCCGCCUGGAGACGCUGGCCAUCAGCCUGGACAGCAGCCUGUGCAAGGCCCACCUCCAGCUAGUUGAUGGGAAGGAGGCUCGCACCUCUUGCCGCUUGCUGAACGACUCGCUGAACAUGGACCUGGAUGGGGUGAGGACCCUGCUGGGCUCCAAGCAGAGUGAGGCGGAGGCCCUGGGAGCGCUGUGGAGUUCCUUCAGACAGCGUAAAGAGCAGCUACUUAAGAGUGUGGAGGACAUCGAAGAGAAGGCUGACCAGCAGAGCCUCACAGAGCCCAACCUGCUCACCUUACAACAGAGGCAGCGCUUCUUUAACCAGCUGGAGGAUGAGCUCCAGUCUCACCAGCAUGAGGAACAGUGGCUGAGGGAUAAAGGCCAACAGUUGGCCCAGCGAGAUGCAGAGCUCGCCGGAGAGGUGAUGAGAGAGAUCAGCCUCCUGCAGACCACCUGGGAGGACACCAAGAAGCUUAUUACAGAGAGGCAAGAGCAGUGCAGUGCCUUGAUUGAGCUCAUGAGGGACUAUCAUGGUCUAAAAUCCUCCAUUAAUACAAUAGUGGAGAGUGCUGAGACUGUUGCUGAAAUUAAAUUUGUUCUUAAAGACCAAGAGGAUACCAGGCGAUCACUCUCUAAGCAUGAAGCCGUUAAAGCCGAGCUGGCAGGCAGUCAGAAGGACAUGGACUCCUUCUCCAGUAAAGGGAAGCAACUGCUCUGUGAGUUAAGCAGGAUUCCAGACUGUCAGACCCAGGUGCUAAAGACAAAAAUGGAGGCCAUCGUGGACCAGUGGUUAGACGUGUCUGAGAGAAUUGAGGAGAACAUAGAGAGUCUCAGAAAAGGUUUCUCUAUAUGGGAGGAUAUUUAUGGUAUCAAUGAGGAGAUUGAGAGCUGGUCUAAUAGCUCUGUAAUGGAACUCACUGAGACCCUCAGCAACUUCAACAACAGCCAGAGGACUGAAAACCGACUCGCCGAAGUCAAGGCUGAGGUAGAAGAGAAGGAGAAGAAGUUAGACACUCUACAAAGCAAAGUGUCAGAGCUGCAACAGGUUGGUGGCACCCAGGACAUCCCUACGGCACUGCAGGUCAUGCAGGCUGACCUGAGUAAGAAGAUAAGCACUGUGAAGGAGAUGUCUGAGCAAGCCAAGAACAACCUCAGAGAUUUCUGCUCUCAGAAACAACAGCUGCAGGACUUCCUCUCCCACAUGACCGAUUGGCUGAAGAAGAUGGAAGAAUCCCUGUUGGACUUCACAUGUGGAACACCUCCAGAGGAGAUCUGCAGAGUGAAGGACAUCCAGAAAGAGCUGCAGAACCAGCAGGCGAGCAUAGACUCUGCACGUGAAAACUUGAACACACUUUGCAGAAAGUACCCCUCAGAGGAGCUGACAGCGCUUGGUUCUGCCCUGACUGACCUCAUCAAGAAAUACGAAACUGUUAAUCAGCUCUGCAUUAAGAGGCUGGGCUCGAUGCAGCACAGCCUACAGCAGCUAUUCAGUGACCUUGUGAAGCAGUUUCACACAUGGCUCUGUGGACAGAGGGACAUAGUGAGAGAAUGCUGCGACCACUCCGGUGAUGCCAGUGUUGUUGAGCGCAAACUUCAGAAGCUGAAGGGGGCACUGGAGAGGGUCGAGGAUGGAGACAGUCGUCUGAUGGAGGUGUGCCAAGAGGGGGAGAAGCUCCUCCUUCAUCUCCCUAAAGCGAGUGCCAGCCAGGUGCAGCAGAGCCUCUCCUCCAUCCAGCAGGAAUGGGACAGCUACGUGGAGCAGUGCCGACUGAACCAGCAGAGUCUGGAGGAGAGUGCCAGCUUGCUCAGCGGCUUCGAGAGCCGUCAGCAGAGACUGAGCCGCUGGCUGGAGCGGAUGGAAGUGAGACUGAGCACAGAGCUGCCGGAGGGCAAACACAGCGACCAGGAGAAAGCCACCCUGGAGCGUGUGGAGGAGUUCUACCAGGAGGCUCUGAAAGAAAGGGACUCCUUUGAGAGUCUGUGCCAGGAGGCGCAGGCCCUGGGCGACGGGGGUCAUGGCAGUGGCGCCGAGCUGCGAUUGUCAGCCCAGCUGCAGAUGCAGCAGCAGGGCCUGCUGAAGGCGGUGCGGGAUCGCCUGCGGGGCUGCCAGCUGAGCCUGCAGGAGCAGCAGGCCUUCGAGGAGACGCUACAGGGCACGUGGGCCUGGCUCAGCGGCCUACGGGAGCGCCUCGCCACCCUCAGCACUACCACGGGCACCAAGGAGACCCUGGAGAAGAGGCUCAGCCUGGUUCAGGAGAUCCUAUUAAUGAAGGGCGAAGGAGAGGUCAAACUGAAUAUGGCAAUAGGGAAGGGGGAGCAGGUGGUGAAGAACUGCAGUAUGGAUAAGCAGAAGGCCAUUCGCUCUCAGCUCCAGAGCCUGAAGGAUUCUUGGGCCAACAUGCUCAUGACAGCCAUGAGUUGCCACAGUCGCCUGGAGUGGACGGUGGCACAGUGGAGCAGUUAUCAGGAAGGCAAGGCCCAGCUACAGCAGUGGAUGGAGACAGUGGAGCAGGAGGUGGGGUUGGCACUGCCACAGCAGCCUGGGCUGAAAGAGAAGGCCUCGCUGCUGGAACGGCUGCGGGCCAUCCUGGGAGAUGUGGAGGGCCAUGCAGCAGCACUCAGGCACCUCAACGACAAGACCAGCGAGCUCCUGGAGAAGACUGGAGACAAGACCUUUGCUGAGGAACCCAGAGCAGAACUUAACGCCCAGUUUUCCGACAUCACAGCAGUCAUCAAAAGCAAAGUGCAGCAGAUGGAGGAGAUAGUAAAAGAGCAUGAGCAGUAUGUGGAGGCUGUGCGGGAGCUGAAUGACUGGCUGACGUCUGCCAAAGAAGAGCUGCAGCGCUGGUCGGACAUGUCUGGGGAUGCCACCUCAGUUCAGAAGAAGCUCUCCAAAGUGCGGGAGCUGCUGGACUCAAGGAAGCAGGGGAGGGAGCGGCUGGUGCGGGUGCAGCGGUGUGGGGCGGUGGCACGGGACCACACCUCCACCGUGGGCUGUGAGGCUCUGGAGCGGGAGGAGGCGGGGCUUCUGUCAGCAUGGGAACAGUGGGAACAGGGGGCCAAGCACGUGCGGGCUAACCUGGAGGCCACACUCGCUCAGAUGGCCAGCUCUGAGAAAGAGUUCAACAGCCUGGCCGCACAGCUUGAGCAGGACCUGCAUGACUUCGGAAGCCGGUUGCGCGUGUGGCGCGAAACACUGCAACAGGUGGACGCCAUGAACACCAGCCAGGAGGCCGUGCGGGGCUGGCAGAUUGCAAAGGACACUUUGGAAGCUUUGCUCAAUGUGGAGCCCAUGUCGGACAGUCUGAAGUCACAGCUGAAUGAUCUGUGUCGCUUUUCCAGAGACCUGGGAACUCAGUCUGAAAGGGUGUCUGCCCUUAUCAAGGAGUACAAUAGCCUCAGUCUUCAGGCUUCCCGAGAAUGCCAGGGAAAAGAGAAGCUGCUGGAGCAAAAGUUCCGAGUAGCUUUCAGAGACUUUCAGCAAUGGCUGGUCAAUGCUAAAAUUAACACAGCCAAGUGUUUUGAUGCCCCUCAAAACCUGAGUGAGGCUUCAUCUAGUCUCCAGAAGAUCCAGGAGUUCCUGAGCGAGAGGGAACAGGGUCACAGCAAACUGAACACAGUGGCAGUGAGUGGAGAUCUACUGGUUAGCGUGGCUCCUAAAGACAGAGUGGACACAGUCCGAGUUAAAGUGAACAGUGCCAGAGAAGACUGGAAGACACUCAUGACCAACCUGCACCAGAGAGAGACUGCCUUACAGAACCUGCAGGCUCAGAUGAGGGACUUUGAGGCGAGUGUGGAGCCCCUGCAGGAAUGGAUGAACGAGACAGAGGCAGCAGUGCAGGAAAGCAGCAGUCGUCUACAUGACCUGUCAGCCAAGAAGCAGGAGCUCCAGAGGCUCCAGUCGGCACUCGAGGAGUUGGCCUCUCAAGAGGCUCAGCUGGGCCGGCUGAGGGAGAAGGCCCAGCGGCUGUGGGAUGGACACACAGCCGGAAAGGGCUUUGUGCACCGCGUCUCGCAGCUCUCCGCACACUACCUAGCUUUAAGCAACCUGACCAAGGAAAAGGCCUCGAGGAUUGAGCGGAUUGUGUCUGAGCACCAGCUUUUCUCUCAGAGCCUGAAAGAGCUGCAGAACUGGGUGGCAGACACAUGCCACAUGCUGCAGACCUACUGCACGCCGACGGCAGAUAAGAUCGUCUUGGACAGCAGGAUGAUCAAGCUGGAGGCCCUCCUUACAGCUCGCCAGGAGAAGGAGAUCCAGCUGAAGAUGCUGGUCACCCGAGGUGAGUCAGUGCAGAGGAACACGUCUGCAGAGGGGGUUCCUCUGGUGCGCCAGCAGAUCCAGGACCUGAAGGACUCCUGGGAUGGCCUGCUGUCCGCAUCUAUUCAGUGCAAGAGCCAGCUGGAGGGAGCACUCUCACAGUGGACCAGCUACCAGGAGGAUGUGCGGCAGUUUGUGAGCUGGAUUGAGCGGGUAGAAGAGAGCCUCAACUCCACAGACAAACAGUGCUCUGAAAUGAGAGACAAAACUGCCAGCUUGGGCAAGGCCAAGUUGCUGUUGGAAGAGGUUCUAAGUCAUAGCUCUGUGCUGGAUACCAUCUCUGUGAAGGGCUCUAACAUGGCUGAGCACUAUGUCACCCAGCUGGAGAUUCAAGACCUGCAAGAACGGUACAACAGUGUUAAAGAGAAGGCCGAGCAUGCCGUGGGAAAGGCAGAGGAACUGGUUCUGGCUCACCAGGACUACCAAGGCAGUCUGCACGAGUUCAAGGACUGGCUGGAGCAGCAACUGGAGAGGCUGAGCUGCUACACACAGCUGGAAGGAGACCUCGGCACGCUGGAGGAAACUCUGCAAAAGCUGCAGGAGCUGCAGGUGCACUGCACAGAGGGACAGGCUCUGCUCAACACACUGCUGGUGAGCCGGGAGCAGGUGAUCCCAUGGGGUGCGCCACAGAUGGAGGAGCGGGCCCUGGAGACGGCUCAGCAGGAGUGGAACUCCUACCAGGCCCGGCUGGGUGAGGCCCGCUCCCAGCUCAACAGCGCCCUGGCCAAGCUCAGGCAGAUUGAGCAGAAGUUCCAGCGGCUUGAUAACUGGCUGAGGGGGAUGGAGAGCAAAGGGCAGCUGCGUGAUGGAAGGCGCUCGGACCGGGCCACCAAGGAAGCCCAGCUGCAGCUGCUGAAGGGAUGGCAUGAGGAGGUGCUGGUCUACCAGGAGGAGAUAGAGGGGUUGAGCACUCUGGCCCAGCAGGUUCUAGAAGAUAUUCACAUCAAUAGCAGAGUCAGCACCAGGGCUACACAGCUCACCUCACGCUACCACGCCCUGCUUCUGCAUCUGCUGGACACAAUCAAACAGCUAAAGGAGGAAGUGUCCACCAUUGAAGAAGCACACAGCAUCUUCAGUACCUUCUCUGAUUGGCUGAACACUGCCCAGAAGAACUUCAGCAGUGUGUGCAUCAGUAUCGAUGUCGUCGAUCGUGUUGCAAUGGAAAAGAAAAUGAAAAAACUUGAGGCUCUGCAGGGGGACAUGGAGCUGGGUCACUCCUUCCUCAAGACAAUGCGAGAGAAGGCUGAGAGGGCCAUGGCCUUCCUGGAGAAGCCGGAGGCUGAGCAGCUGAAGGAGGAGAUCAGCAUACGCCUCAGCCAAAUGGAGGAGCUGGUGGCGGCUGGGCGGGCUGAGCUCAGUGCUCAGGAGAAGUGCAUCCAGCUCUCCAAAGACUAUCUAGACAAAUACAAGGCUCAGAGCCAGUGGCUUACUGAGACCAAAUCUAUGCUGGCCUCCCCCAUGGAACUUAAAGCUGAACUCUAUCAGAAGAAGGCCCAGUUAGCCAAAUACAAGACAAUCCAACAAACUGUGCAGUCUCAUGAGUCUGCUGUAAAGUCUGUCAGUGAGAAAGGAGAAGCCCUGCUUGAAACUGUGCAUGACCCCACCAUCACUGAAAACAUGAACAAGCUGAAAGACGAUUACCAAGAUAUAAGCAACACUGUCAAGGCUCAUGUUCAGAAAUUGUUGGAGGGGGUGAAAGAGCAUGAGGACUAUAACAGUGAGUUACAGGAGGUGGAGAAGUGGCUGCUGCAGAUGUCCAGCAGACUGGUCAGCUCUGACUCUAUGCAAAGUGGCAAUCUAGAGAUGGCCACUCAGCAGCUAGCAAGACACAAGGCAAUAAUGGAGGAGAUAGCUGGCUUUGAAGAGCGUUUGACAAGUCUUAAGGAGAAAGGAGAUGGCCUUGUCAGUCGCUGCUCAGAACAAGUUCAGGCCAAGAUAAGCCAGCAGAUUCAAGUCCACCAGCAAGGAACCAAAGACAGCUAUUCAGCUAUCUGCAGCACAGCCCAGCGGGUCUAUCAGAGUCUUGACCGAGAGCUGCAGAAGCAUGUUAGUCACCAGGACACGCUGCAGCAGUGUGACACCUGGCUUUCCACUGUCCAAGAGGAGAUACAGCUACAUUCACAGACCCCGUUUGGCUUGCAAGAGGCACUAAAACAAGUAAAGCAUUUCAGGGCUCUGCAGGAGCAGGCCAGCACUUAUCUUGAUCUGGUUUGCUCAGUAUGUGACUUAUCUGAUGAAGCUGUGAGAACCACAGCAGCUAAGAUCCAGCAGAUCAAAACCAUGAUUGAAGAGAGGAUGUCCAGAGCUCAGCAGCUGUCCGAGAGCUGGAGAGAAAUUAAGGAACAGAAGCAGGAGUUGUCUAUACUCUUCCAGGAUUUGGAACAACAACUACAAAGCCUCUCCAGGAGACCUGCUGAACUGGAGCCCAAGAUUGCCCAUAAUAUACUGGAUCAAGCCAAAGAAUUUGGCCAGCAGCUUCAAAGCAAGCAGAAUACUUUAACCAAGAUGACAGAGUGUGUAAGCAAGCUCACGGAAGGCAAGGUCUCUCCAGAGCACACAGAGAUUAAUCGCCUGAGUCAUGCAUGGCUGGAGCUAUGUCAUCAGGCCAGCAAGCUGCAGGCCCAGAGGGAAGAGGAUCUGCUGAGAACAAGGGAGUACCACGACUGCAUCAGUGCCAUGGAAGCCCUGUUUGAACAGGUUUCCAAGGAGUGGGACAACCUUGCCAGAACUGAUGCAGAGAGCUCAUCUGAGCAUCUAGAGGCUCUCCGGAAACUUUCUGUUGCCCUCAAAGAAAAGAAGAGCACUCUUGAAGACCUGAAAGACCAGCGUCAGAAAGUAAUGUAUCACUUAAAUCUGGAUGACAAAGAGCUAGUGAAGGAACAGGUAAGCCACUUUGAGCAGCGUUGGGCCCAUCUUGAAAGCCUUAUCGAGAGAAAGAUCCAGGACUCCAUUCUGACACUUGAGGACAUGAACCAAGUUGAGGCUCGAUUGAAAGAGGCAAGAGAAUGGGCUGAGGAGCAGCGGCCUGCUCUCUCUGAGGCUAUGAAAUUGAGCCCACCACCAGAGCUGGCACAGAGUUUCCUCUUUGACCACCUGAGCAUCUGCAGUGAGCUUGAAUCAAAACAGCUUCUGUUGGCUCAGGCAAUGAGUGAUGCAGACAGGGUUUUAGCACACCUGGGCCUUAAUGAAAGGCAGCGAUUGCAGAAACUCAUCUCUGAGACCCAGGGAGAGGUGGAGACAUUAAGUGUCAAAGUAUCCCAACGGAGAAAACACCUCAGUAAGGCUUUCACAGAGAGGAAUCAGUUCCUGCUUGCUGUGAGCCAGGCCAUCACCUGGGUUCAACAGAAUGAGAAGAAAGCACAGGCUGAUGACUACAUAGCCCUCUUACCCGAUGACUUGGCUAAGCAGGUGAGGACCUGCAGGAACAUCCAAAGCAGCUUGAGAGCUUACCAGAGUGAGCUGACUUCCCUGUGGUCCCAAGGACGGGAUCUGAUGAAAGAUGCAACUGAAGAUGAGAAAGCCGAGAUGCUAACCAAGCUACAAGAACUGCAGAAUAUCUUUGAAGUAGCUUUGCAAAAGUGUAGCCAUAGACUGCAGGAGCUGGAGAAAGUACUGGUAACUAGGAAAUAUUUCAAGGCAGAUUUAGAGAAAACAUGCCAGUGGUUGAAACAAGCAGAUAUUGUAACAUUUCCUGAAAUCAAUCUUAUGAAUGGAGAUGCAGAACUAAGUGCACAACUUACAAAAUACCAACAAAUCUUAGAUCAAGCAGAUGAAUAUGAGAAUCUCCUGCUUAUUGUCCAAAGAGCAGGUCAAGAUAUUUUGCCAACUCUCAGUGAGGUUGACCACUGUUACCUAGAUGAAAAGCUUAAUGCUCUUCCACAGCAAUACAACAAUGUCCUGGCACUAGCCAAAGAAAAACAGGAGAAAAUACAACAAGCUAUUCUUGCACGUCAGGAAUAUGCCUCCUUCAUUGAUGUGACGCACAAAGCACUGAAAGAGCUGGAAGAGCAGUUCCAUAAUCUUGGGACUCAGCCUGUGGGUCUGCAGACAGAGGAGGUCGUCAAUUUGCAGCAUGAUUAUAAAGUACUGCUUGAUGAGUUAGUUAAUCUUGGCCAAGCUGUUAGUGAACUCAACCAGAAAAAAGAGGGCUUUCGCAGCACUGGUCAACCCUGGCAGCCUGAGGAAAUGACUCAGCUAGUCAGCCUUUACAACGGUCUCAAGAGGCUGAUAGAACAGAGAGUUGAGCACCUAGAUGAUACUUUGGAGUCAUUUGAGGACCACCAGGCCAUGGCUAUGCAAGUUGACUCCGAGUUAAAAGCUACCAAGGAGCAACUUGUCAAAGUCAAUGCUGAGACUCAGUCGGCAGAGGAGAGACUGAAGAAUUACCACGCCCUGGCUGCCAGCCUUCAGGGAGCCAGCUCCCACCUCUCCAGGCUCAUGGAGCAGAUGGGCAGCCUUGCUUCUCACAUAGAUCCAGUGGCACAUGAGGCCUCUAAGCAGCGGGUAAUGUCCUGGCAAGAGGAACUCCAGUCCCUGCAGUCAUCCGUUGGAGAGCUGAUAGUGGAAUGUGAGAACAGGUUUGUGCAGAGUAAGGACUUUGAGACUGAAGUGAAGCGGACGCUCAGUUGGCUACAGCAGAUCAGGGAUGAGCUGGGCUGUGCUGUGGUUGUGGACGUGAAGGUGGAGAAGGUUCAGGAAGAGAUCAGGAAGCAGCAGAUCAUGCAGGAGGAAGUGCUGUCUCGACUCAGGAUUGUGGCUGCACUGAGUACCAGGGAGAAGCAGAAGUAUACCAGUGCUAAUGAACUUGUUCCAGCUCAUGUGGAAUCUAGUCUGCAAGAAAUGGCACAGCUGGAAGCUGAUGUUCAGCGUGCUCUCAGCUCUAAACAGAUCACCCUAGAGCAAGCUCUGACUCUUUGUCAGAAGUACCACUCACGUAUGCAGGCUGCUUGUGAGUGGCUUGAGGAUGCAGUGGGCUUUCUGCAGCAGGCCAGUCUGGGAGUGGAUGUGGAGAACUAUGAGGAGUGCUUGAGACAGCAGGAGGACAUCAUGGCCACUGAGCAGGAAUUCCUGGGUGUGCUACAAGAGCUGGAGUCACUUCCACCCCAGCUGGAAAACCUGGUGAACCCAACAGCUCAAGAGCAGCUGAGGCUGAGUGUGGAAUCAGCCCAUCAAAGAGGUGUGGAAGUCAGAGACCAGCUCCAGUGUCACCAGGAUGUCUUGAACAGCUGUGUGACACAGUGGAAAUGCUAUCAGGAGGCCAGACAGACAGUCAUUGAGCUGAUGAAUGAGGCAGAGAAGAAACUUACUGAGUUCUCCACAGCCAAGGCUGAAACCAUUCAGGAGGCAGAAGAGAAACUCAGGGGUCAUAAGACACUGGUGUCCAUGGUAAAUGGAUUCCAAGAGAAGCUGACAGGCCUGGAGGAGCAAGCAUCUCAGCUGGAGCUGAUUGGUAGCGAUGCCAGCAAAGCUACUAUUAGUCGCUCCAUGACCACGGUCUGGCAGCGUUGGACCAGACUACGCAGCGUGGCCCGAGGACAAGAGAGGGUGCUGGAGGACACAGCUCAUGAGUGGAGGACGUUCAGAGAGAAGAUGAUGAAAGUGAGGGCUACAGCAGAAGAGCUGAGAAGUCGUGUUCCUGAGUGUGCUGUAGAAAAAGCCUCUAAAGCCACACUGCAGUCCCAUCUGGAACAGCAUGAAAUGGUCAUUCAGGACCUGGAAAGGGAGCAGUCCUCACUUACGCUCCUGCGCCAGUAUGCCCUCAGCCUGCUGCAUGACGUUGAGGUCCCUGCACCAACCACCGACCAUGACCAGCUACCCAGUCUAAAGGAGAUCAAAGCUGUCCAAGAUCAGUUUGAGAGUCUCCUACAGAAGUCCAGAACAGGCAGAGGACGAGUCCAGCAGGAACUUAAAGACAGGGAAGAUGUGGAGAGGGGACUGAGCCUGGUGAAGAGCUGGAUACAGGACUCCAGAGAGCUACUGCUCAAUCCCACUGCAGAUGUAGACAUUCUCACACAAGAGUUGGAGGUAAUGCAUGGGGAACUGAUAACCCAUCGCCAGAAUGUGGAUAAGAUCGCAGAGCAACAACAGAGCAAGUAUCUGGACUUGUACACCAUCCUACCCUCAGAGAUCUCCAUGCAGCUGGCUGAAGCUGCCUUGGCUCUGGGUUCUAUUGAAGAUCAGAUCCAAGCAAAGGAGAGAGAUAUUCAGAAGACCAGAGUUAUCAAGGAAGAGUUUAACUCCAGGAUCCAUGAUGUGUCUGAGAAAAUGAAAACCAUUUCUGCCGCACUGAAAGAAAAGGCCACUGAUAUUGAUCAAGCCAAAGAAGAAACUCAGGGCUUCUGUGAUGAGCUCGAGAGCUGUGGCAGGACACUGGCUGAGCUGGAUGCCGCUGUACAGGACUUUGGUCGGCGUAAUCCACUUCUUGCCAAACAAGUUGGCGAUGCCAUCACCAAGUUAGGGGAGAUCCACCAACACACCAUCCGUCUGGCAGAGUAUAGGAAAGUCUGGCUAAAGAAGGCCGAUGCUCAUCUAGAUGAGUACAGUGAGAUGCUGGAAUUUAUAGUGAAGUGGACAGAACAAGCCAGGAGCCUAGUUAAAGCCAACAUCAUCUGGAACUCCUCCUCUCACUUGCAAGAGCAGAUCAGAAUGUACCAGUCUGUAUUGCAUGAGUCAAGGGAGCUUCACGGUGACCUGGAAGCCAUGCAGGAGAAGGUGGAGCUCUUGUCCGAGUCCCUGCAGGUUGAGGCCAUGGGGCAGCAGGUGGCUGAGCUGAGCCGCCACACAGAGGAGCUGGAGCAAGCCAUCAGGUUCCGUUUGCAGAGCCUGCAGGAUGCCGCUAAGGACAUGGAGACGUUUGAGAGUGAGGUGAAAGCACUGCAUGUGGCCUUGGAGCAGGUCCAGUCCACUCUUACCUCACCAGAACUGGCCCGCCUAAGCCUCAAAGAGCAGCUUUCUCAAAGACAGCGUUUGCUGACGGACAUGGAGAGCUUCAAGCAGCAGACGCAGGUGGUUCACGCAUGCCAGAGCGGCCUUCGCGUGCCAGAGGAGGUGAUGGUGAGCAUGGCCAUCUGCCGCACCGCCCUCACCCUGCAGCAGGAGGCCAGCCAGCUGCAGCACACGGCCAUCCAGCAGUGCAACAUCCUGCAGGAGGCCGUGGUGCAGUAUGAGCAGUACGAACAGGAGAUGCGGCAUCUGCAGGGACUAAUCGAGGAUUCUCACAGGGUCAUCCAGGACAGACCUGUCCCCACCACCAACAUCCAGGAACUUCAGACUCAGAUACGCCACCAUGAGGAGCUUGCCCAGAAAAUCAAAGGCUAUCAGGAGCAGAUUGCAUCUUUGAACUCUAAGUGUAAGAUGUUGACGGUGAAAGCCAAGCAUGCCACCACACUGCUGGCGGUGAGCGAUGCUGAGAACCUGCCAGAGAGUGAACAGGAAGUGGGUCGAGCUGCAGAGGCCAAGCAGCUACUGUCCCAGCCCUCGAUGGGUGUGAUGGCUUCUGGGCGCAGUCACCUCCUGUCUCCUGUUACUGAGGAGUCGGGGGAAGAGGGCGCCACUAGCGAGAUCUCCUCCCCUUCUUUCUGUCGCUCCCCCUCUCCUGUAACUAACGCUGAGGCUUCAUCGGGCCAGUUGGUUAUGGGCCGAGCUACUCUGACCAGAGCUCCUGUACAGGAGCUGUACGAUCCCACCCUAGAGUCUGUAGCUAACCUAGAUGAGCUUCAGCGCUCAUGGGACACCCUGAAAAAUGUGAUCAGUGAAAAGCAGAGGACACUUUAUGAGGCUCUGGAGAGACAACAACGAUACCAGGCAUCUUUGCAGAGCAUUUCCACCAAGAUGGAGUCCAUCGAGGCCAAACUGAAUGAGCCCCCACUGCUUGACCUGAGCCCAGGCAGGCAGAUGGUCCUGCAUCAGAACCUGAUGGAGGACACUGCUAGGCUGCAGGAUGACAUAGACAGGCUGCAGUCCAGCUUUGUUGAGGAACUAAUCUCUGACACAAUGGAUUCAGAUACAGCUGAGCAACUAGCCAUGCAGUCCACGCUCACAGUGUUGUCUGAACGUAUGGCCACCAUCCACAUGAAAGCCUCUGGCAAACAACAGCUUCUGGAGGAGUGUCUGAGUGACCGUCUGGAGAAGAAGCAGCAGGAGCAGGCCUUGCAUCACUACCUCAGCCAGGUGGAUGAGCUCGACCAAUGGUUGCUGUGUACACGUCGGACACUUGACUGUACUCCACAGGAUGCAGACUUGAAUGAGCAGCUGUCAGACUGUCAGAACCUGCUGCUGGAGAUGGAGGAGAAGGUGCUGGCUCUGUCCGAGCUCUCAGGCUUCUGCGAGGCACUGCUGCUGGAGGGCCAACCCGAGACCCGGAGCGAGGCCGAGCAGCUGGCCAGGAAACUACACAUCCUGAAGGGCAGCCUGCUGGAGCUGCAACGCAUGCUUCAGGACAGGCAGCUCAACAUCAAGGCUACUGUGGUUUGGGAAGAGCUGAAAUUCCAGAUACUGAAUGGCUCACUGCAGGAGCAGUCUGACAUUGAAUCGGACUCCAGUCUCUCUCAGAGUCCAAACAUGCAGGACUGGCUGGCCCAGGCCAGAUCCACACGAAACCUGCAGCACCAGGAUUCCCUCCAGAGACAGAAGGAGCUUGAGGAACAGCUGGCAGAACAGAAGAAGCUGCUGAAAUCCGUGGCGAGCCGUGGAGAAGAGAUCCUCACCCAGCAGGCUUCACCCAGCAGGGCCAGUGUGAACGAGACACUCUCUCCAGAUCGAGACCAGGAGAACCAGGUUGUACCAAGCCGGAUACAUAGGUGGGAGAGCCUGAGGAAAGACCUGACCACCAAACUGCAUCUCCUCCAGAGCAGCCUGGAGCAGGACUCUAAGCAACCGGUUUAUUCCAGAACUGCUCGAGUGAGCACCUCUGCUCCCAUGUACAGUGGAGAGGCCCGGGUCCAGGACAAGUCCACCAUAAGGGGAUUGUACAAUGAGCUCAGGCAGGCUGCAGAGGACCUCUCGAGCCAGGCUCAGGUGGCAGGCUUAGAAGAAGGGCAAGCCCUCCACAUGGAGCAGCAGCUGUACAGCGCCGUCGCUGCCACCUCAUCCUGGCUGGAUGAGGCGGAAAACAAUCUGUUCUCUGGGCCCGUCCUUCUGACAGAGAACGCAGAGACACAGCUGUCUAACCACGAGGCUUUAGGAAAGGAUGUAGCCGAGGUCAAAGGAGAGGUGAGCCGUAGUCGGGUCCUGCUAGGGGGCGCUGUGGGGUUCAGUGCAGAGGAACAGGCCCUGAUGGAGGAAACCCUCGACUGCCUGUCUCGCCGACUGGGAGCCCUGGACUCAGCCGUAGAGCAACGUUGUGUCACCAUGAGGAGCAGGAUGCAGGCACUCACUGCCUUCCAGACUGAGUUGAAGCUUCUCUCCUCUGCUCUUAGUGAGAGCAAGUUCCAGAUUUUACAGAAACUCGCAGAGACUCUCAACCACCCAUCCACAAAACAGCUGGAGACAAUUGCAGAAGCUGAAGAGACCUUGAAGGAGUUUGAGCAAAAAAUCACAAAUCUGAAAUCCAGAAGCAUGGAACUGCAGCCUGAUCAGAUUUCCACCAAUGAGCUGCUGAAGCUCCAGGACAUGUAUGAGGAGCUGGUGAUGAUGGUGGGCUCACGACGCAGUGGGCUGAACCAGAACAUGGCUCUGAAGAGCCAGUAUGAGCGAGCACUACAAGACCUGGUGGAUCUGGUAGACACUGCUCAGGACAAGAUGGCUGCAGGCGAGAAGAUGAUUGCAGGAUCUGUGGAAGAAGUCCAGAGUCUGUUGGACAAACACAAGGAAUUCUUUCAAGGAUUGGAGUGGCAUAUGGUCCUGACUGAGACAUUCUAUAAGAAAAUUAUUGCCUUUGUUGUGCCUCAAGAAAGCCAGGUUCUAGAGGAGACCUUGGCCCAGGCCCAGGGCAUCCUGAAGACGGCUCACAAGAGAGGAGUGGAGCUGGAAUACAUUCUGGAGACAUGGAGCCGUCUGAUUCUGGAUUACCAGUGUCUGUACAGACAUCUGGAAGAGGUGGAAGGCAGUAUGCCUGCUAUCCCACUGCUGGAGGAGACUGAGGAGAAGCUGACUGAAAGAAUAGCUCUCUAUCAGCGCCUGAAAUCCAUUCUGACGGAGCACCAGCACAAGUUGCAUCAGGUGCUGGAGGAGGGCAAACGUCUGCUGCAGUGUGUGGCCUGCCACAGCCUGGAGAACCAGCUAACCCUGCUGGGCGAGCACUGGCUUAGCAACACCAGCAAAGUCAGCAAAGAGCUGCAGCAGCUGGAGUCGCUCCUCAAACACUGGACCAGGUAUCAGAGUGAAUCUGCUGAACUGAACCAGUGGCUGCAGGAAGCCCUGGAAAACCUGGAGUUCUGGAGCACUCAGUCGGUAACAGUGCCUGAGGGACAGGAGACAGUUCGGGACCACCUGUCAGCUUUCUUGGAGUUUAGUAAGGAAGUUGAAGCUCGCUCCUCCUUGGAGAGCUCAGUGUUGAAUGAGGGUGGGCAGCUUCUGAGGCUGAAGAAGGCAGACACGGGUGUGCUGCGGUCGGAGCUGGCACGUGUUGAGGCCCAGUGGACCGAGCUCCUCACCCGAAUCCCCAUUGUGCAGGAGAAACUCCACCAGUCACAAAUGGACAAGUUGGCAUCCCGCCAUGCCAUCACUGAGCUGGUGAACUGGAUCUCGCUGAUGGAGAGAGUGAUGGAGGAGGAUGAAGAAAACAUGAAGGGAGCCGUGGGCUCAAAGGUCAUCCAGGAAUACCUGCAGAGGUACAAGGGAUUCCGCGUGGACAUGAACUGCAAACAGCUGACUGUGGACUUUGUGAACCAGUCGGUGGUGCAGCUGGGCGGGCAGGAAGUGGAGAACAAGCGCAGUGAUAAGACAGACCUGGCUGAGAGGCUGGGAGCCAUGAACCGCCGCUGGCAGAUCCUGCAGGCUCACGUCACGGAGCGGGUCCAGUUCCUGGAGGGUUUGUUGGAGACCUGGCUGGAGUACGAGAGCAACGUUCAGACUCUGAAGACUUGGUUCUCUGCUCAGGAGGAGCGACUGAGGAGGAAACACAGGAUUGAGGAUCUCUCCUCGGUGCAGAAUGCCCUCAAAGACUGCCAGGAAAUGGAAGAUACGAUUAAAGAGAAGGAGAGGGAGGUGGAGAGAACAGAAGAACAGGCCUGUGCUCUCGUCCAGAACAAGACAGACGAGGCCUGUGCUGUUGUCAUGGAAACUCUUCAGGCACUGAACCACACCUGGGCCAACCUUGACCACUUGAUAGGGCAGCUGAAGAUCAGCCUCAGGUCUGUGUCUGAUCAGUGGAGCCAGUACAAGCGGGCAGCCGAGGAGAUCAGUGGCUCCCUGACAGAGGGCAGGUACUCUGUGUCUCGCUUCCGUCUGCUCACCGGAUCUCUGGAGGCAGUUCAGCUCCAGGUGGACAGCCUGCAGAGCCUGCGAGAGGAGCUGGACAGGCAGGAGAAUAGCCUGAGGAGGUUUGGAGCCAUUACACAUCAGCUACUAGAGGAGUGUCACCCGUCUGUGUCUGACUCGCUCAAUAAUGCCCUCAAAGACGUCAACGCCAGGCGGGGCAGCCUACUGGAGGAGAUAGCGGAGCGUCUGAAGAGCAGCAAGGCCCUGCUGCAGCUCUGGCAGAGCUACCGGGAGCUCUAUAAGCAGGCCAACGACAGCACCCAGAGCCUAGAGGAGAGAGCUGAACAGCUGCUGAAGAUAGCUGGGAGGAAAGACGUCUCAGAGGAGGAGGUGUCCACCUGGAUCCAGGACUGUGGUGAGCUGCUGCGUGCCCAGGCCCCGGUGCAGGCCUCUCUGCAGGUGCUGCUGGAGCUGGGUGAGCAGCUCAAGCAGCAGGUGGACACAUCUGCCGCGGCCUCCAUCCAGUCAGACCACCUAUCCCUCUCCCAGCGCCUGGGCUCUAUGGAGCAGGGUCUCAGCCGACAGCAGGCCGCCCUGCAGGCAGGAGUGCAGGACUACGAGACCUUCAACGAACAGCUGAACACCCUGGAACGGUGGAUAUCCGAGGCUACAGAGACUCUGCAGGGUCAGGACCCCAACGGCUCCUCCGACCUGUCCUCCGUCCAGGAGCGCAUGGAGGAGCUGAAGAGACAGAUGCUGAAGUUCAGCAGCAUGGCUCCAGACCUGGAGCGUCUGAAUGAGCUGGGCUACAGACUGCCGCUCAACGACUCAGAGAUCAAACGCAUGCAGAACCUGAACAGGAGCUGGGCCACCAUGUCAGCCCAGACCACUGAAAGAUUCAGUAAGCUACAGGCUGCUCUGCUGCAGCAGCAGACGUUCCUGGAGAAGUGUGAGACAUGGAUGGAGUUUCUGGUGCAGACCGAGGAGAAGCUGGCUGUGGAGAUCUCCGGAAAUUUCCAGAGCCUGAUGGAGCAGCAGAGAGCCCAUGAGUUGUUCCAGGCAGAGAUGUUUAGCAGACAGCAGGUUCUUCACUCCAUCAUCAGUGAUGGACAGCGCAUGCUCGAGCAAGAGCAGGUGGAUGACAGAGAUGAGUUUAAGCUGAAGUUGGCCCUGCUCAGUAACCAGUGGCAGGGGGUGGUGCGGCGGGCGCAGCAAAGGCGGGGUAUCAUAGACAGCCUGAUCCGCCAGUGGCAGCGCUACAGAGAGAUGGUGGAAAAGCUGCGCAAAUGGCUGGCGGAGGUCUCGCCGCAGGCCGAGGCCCUGCAGCCCGGAACUCUGGUUCCCCUGCAGCGGGCCCGAGCCAUGCUGGACGCUGUGCAGCUAAAGGAGAAAGUGGUGCAGAGGCAGCAGGGCAGCUACAUCCUGACGGUGGAGGCUGGUAGGCAGCUGCUCCUGUCUGCCGACAGCCGGACGGAGGCCACACUGCAGGACGAGCUGCUCGGCAUACAGGAGCAAUGGAGGCACGCCAACAUUUGCCUGGAGGAACAGAAGCGAGAGCUGGCUGUCCUUCUCAAGGACUGGCAGAGAUGUGAGGAAGGGCUGGGUGGAUCUCUGGAGAAACUGCGAGCCUUUAAACGUCAACUCUCUCAGCCAGUGCCAGACCACCAAGAGGAGCUGCAGACAGAGCAGAUGCGAUGCAAGGAGUUGGAGAGCACGUUCGAUGGCUGGACGGAGGACUUGGCUCAUCUGACUGUGCUGAGGGAGUCUCUGUCCAGCCACAUCACUCCCGAGGACCUGUGUGUGCUGCAGGAACGCAUUGAGAUGCUGCAUCGCCAGUGGGAGGAGAUCUGCCACCAGUUGUCUUUGCGCAGGCAGCGGGUGAGUGAGAAGCUGAGCGAGUGGGCCGUCUUUAGCGAGAAGUACAGGGAGCUGUCCGAGUGGCUCACUCGCAUGGAGAGCAAGGUCUCCCAGAACGGAGACAUCAGCAUCGAAGACAUGAUCGAGAAACUCCGAAAGGACUACCAGGAAGAGCUAGCAGUAGCUCAGGAGGAUAAGCAUCAGCUGGAGCAGUUGGGGGAGCGUUUGGUCAGUGCCAGCAAUGAGAGCAAAGCCUCAGAGAUUGAGCACAAGCUGAGCAAGGUCAGCGAGCGCUGGCAGCACCUCCUCGACCUCAUCGGUGCCAGAGCGAAGAAGCUGCGUGAAACACUAGUGGCAGUGCAGCAGCUGGACAAGAACAUGAGCAGCCUGCGCACAUGGCUGGCCCAUAUCGAGACCGAGCUUACACGCCCCAUCGUCUAUGACACCUGUGACUUUCAGGAGAUCCAGAGGAGACUGGACCUGCAGCAAGAGCUGCAGAGGGACAUAGAGAAACACAGCACAGGUGUGGCCUCUGUGUUGAACCUGUGUGAGGUGCUUCUGCAUGACUGUGAUGCAUGUGCCACAGACGCAGAGUGUGACUCCAUCCAGCAGGCCACGCGCAACCUGGACCGCCGCUGGAGAACCAUCUGCGCUAUGUCCAUGGAGAGGAGGCUCAAGAUUGAGGAGACGUGGCGUCUCUGGCAGAAGUUUUUGGACGACUUCUCCCACUUUGAGGAGUGGCUGUCAUCGGCGGAGAGCACAGCUGCCCUGCCAAAUUCCGCUGGUGUUCUGUACAUAGUUGCCAAGGAGGAACUGAAGAAAUUUGAGGGUUUUCAGAGGCAGGUGCAGGAGAGUCUGACCCAGCUGGAGCUGAUCAAUAAGCAGUACCGACGGCUGGCCCGGGAGAAUCGCACCGACGUGGCCUGCCGCCUGCGGCAGAUGGCUCACGACGGGAACCUGCGGUGGGACAACCUGCAAAGAAGAGUGGCCGCCAUCCUGCGCCGGCUCAAGCAUUUUAUUAACCAGAGAGAGGAGUUUGAGACAGCCCGAGACAGCAUAUUAGUGUGGCUGACGGAGAUGGACCUCCAGCUGACCAAUAUCGAGCACUUCUCUGAGUGUGAUGUCCAGGCCAAACUCAAACAGCUUAGGGCAUUCCAGCAGGAGAUCUCGCUGAACACCUCCAAAAUAGAGCACAUCUUCCACCAUGGGGAAGCGCUGAUAGAGAAGAGUGAGCCCCUAGACGCCUCCGUCAUUGAGGAGGAGCUGGAGGAGCUGCAACGCUACUGCCAGGAGGUGUUUGGAAGAGUGGAGCGCUACUAUAAAAAACUCAUCCGCUUACCGCUCGCAGACGACGAACACGACAUUUCCUGCUCGGAUCGCGAGUUGGACCUGGAUGAGGUGGGUGAUGUGUCCAGCCUCCCUUGGAGCGAGCGCCUGGGUGACGGUCUGCUCUCCUCCAGCCGCUCUGCCUCGCUGGCUGCCCCACAGCGAGCGGAGUGCUCGGGCCGGGACACCCCAGCCAGCGUGGACUCCAUCCCCCUGGAGUGGGACCAUGACUAUGACCUGAGCCAUGGCCCCGAGGGUGCAUGCAGGGGCCUGGCCUCAGAGCGGGGGGAGGAGGGCGAGACCUCAGCACUCUCAGAUGUAGAGAUUCCAGAGAGCCCUGAGGCAUAUGUAAAGUUAACAGAGCAAACUCUGAGGUCGACCUCUGGGGAGGGGGCCUCUCUGGAGACGCAUUUCCCGCACCUGGCCAAGGCCCUGGACACCAGCCGAUUCCACCUGCAGCAGACAGAAAACAUCAUCCGCAGUCGCACGCCCACCGGGCCCGAGCUGGACGCCUCCUAUAUCGGCUAUAUGCGGUUGCUUGGUGAGUGUCGCGUCAGCAUUGACACUCUGAAGAGGGUCGGCUGUGAACUGAAGGAUGGGGAAGACAAGCUGGCUGGCUUUGUGAACCCCAACAGCUCAGAAUCCCAGACUUCAGGUGUGAUUGAGCGUUGGGAGCUCCUGCAGGCCCAGGCUCUCAGCAAAGAGCUGCGCAUGAAGCAGAACUUGCAGCAGUGGCAGCAGUUCAAUUCAGACCUGAACAGCAUCUGGAACUGGCUGGAACAGGCAGAGGUGGAGCUGGAGCAGGCAGGGGCGGAGUCAAGGCGGGCAGGUGCAGAACCGGAGCAGCAGUGUGGGCUGGAUGCCAGCAGUGACAUCCAAGCCAUCGAGCAGUGCAUCAAGAAACUCAAGGGAUUGCAGAAGGCUGUGGAUAAGCGCAAGGCCAUAGUGCUGUCCAUCAACCUGUGCAGCUCUGAGUUUGUGCAGUCGGACAGCGCCGAGUCACAGCAGCUGCAGGUUCGGCUGAGGGAGAUGAACAACCGUUGGGACAGGCUGACAACCUCACUGGAUGAAUGGAGGAACUCUCUCCAAGAUGCACUGAUGCAAUGCCAGGACUUCCAUGAAAUGAGUCAUGGCCUGCUUCUGUGGUUGGAGAAUAUUGACCGCAGGAGGAAUGAGAUUGUCCCAAUCGAUCACAGCCAGGACAGUGACACUUUGCAGGAGCACCACAAAACCCUCUCGCAAAUUCGUCGGGAGCUGCUGGACUCACAGCUGAAGGUGGCAUCCCUGCAAGACAUGUCUCUGCAGCUGCUCGUCCACGCAGAAGGCAGUGACUGUCUGGAGGCCAAGGAGAAGGUGCACGUCAUCGGGAACCGCCUCAAACUGCUCCUGAAAGAGGUGACGCGAGCCAUUAGAGAGCUGGAGAGGACUCUGGAUAUUACCAGCAGUCAGCAGGAUUUGUCAUCUUGGUCUUCCGCUGAUGAACUGGACACGUCUGGUUCCCUGAGUCCUGUCUCGGGAAGGAGCACUCCGAGCCGGCAGCGAUCGCAACAGGGCAAAAGUAGUCUGUCCCAGCCUGGAGCUUCUGUGAGCAGUGCACAUCGCAGGUCUCUCAGCGGCGCUGGAUCCGGUUCCUCCCCUUCUGAGGAGGCGGAGUCACCGUCCUGGUGCAGAAGGUUCCUCCGGCGCGUCCUCUGGGCCUCAUUACCCGUACAGCUGCUCCUUCUGCUGCUGCUGGUAGCCACGACGUGCCUGGUGCCUGCGUUCGAGAACGACUACAGCUGCAUACAGUUCAACACCUUCACCCAAUCCUUCCAUCCUAUGCUCAGCUACACCCAUGGGCCUCCACCUGUGUGAGCCUCUUUUUUGUAUUAGACAGCCCUCACUGACAUCUCAUAGAUGUUAGCCUGCCUGGACAACUAACUUACACCACGACAUUGGCAGCCAAAGCUGCUUACUCUGUCUUUGUGUAGCUAAAUACAGCUGCUAGGUUUAUCUACAGCUCAUGUAGAUAUUAAACAGAAGCUUGUUGCACUGAAAAUUAAUACAUGGUAAGACAAUUGGUGGUUAGUUAUACAUUGCAAGACAAGCAGCCAUUAGUGGUAUUAAUACAGAUCUUCCAAAUUCAAAAAAGCAGAAAAAGAUAUUUAACAAUGUAUUUUGACUGGUUAUCAUUGGAGCAGAUUGGUACUGUUGGAAAUACUGGUACUGACCAGUUAUCAUUCUGUCACACAGCGUACUUUUUUUUCCCUCUUUUUUAAUCAUGAAAAGUAUUGACAGUUGAUUUAUUGUAAAGGAUAGCCUUUGGAAUUGCUUAGAACAACUGAAAAACUUGUAAAAUAACAUUUUAAAGAACUAUAUAUUGCAACUAUUUUUUAUAUGUAUUUUUGGCAUGUGAUAUUCUUUUGCUUUUAAAGUUUAUUGUUUACUGAAAUUGUCAUUUGUGAAAACUUUAACUAACCUGCUAUAAUCAAGUUAAAUGUCAGAUAUUCAGUAUUGUAUGAAAAAUCAUGGAUAUCAUAGAUAUAUUAUCUAUGUACAGUUUGCUAAGGCCUAGGAAACCUUUGCACUGAAAAUACAGAUGGUAUAUAGGUGUGCACUUGGUGUUUUUUUUUUUUAAAUAAAUCUAACAACCUAAAACAAAAAUAUUAAAUUCAAAAUUGCUGAUA